CUAUUUUAAGACACCUAAUUAUGCAGAGAUAGAAAAAGAAAAUGAGUAAAUUGCAAUCAUUGGAGCUUUGGAGUGAAUUUGUGAUAUAAGGAUAAAGAUCGUGAUCUUCAUUUUCUAUAUUGAGAUAUUUUUCUUUUGGGCUAUUUUAUAAAAAAAAGAAAAUUUUAUUGAAACAAGACAGACUUUCCGGCGAUUUUGGCUGAUUGGGACUUAUCAUCCCGCGGAUUUAUGAAUGUAUUGUGCUCCAGUGUAAACGGUGUAUGAUCCAGAAGUUGGGAAUAAUAGAAAUCCACGAGACAAAUACCCAAAGAGAGUGUGAGGGAGAUAGGGAGAAGAGGAGAUUGGUGUACGAGUGUGAGGUGUAGAAAAAAAAGAAAAAUAAUAAUAAUUGAAGAAGUCACAACCACAGAGAGAAGAUGUUUGGCCGGAGUGGAAACAAUGCAGCCGUGGCUGGAGCGUCUGGUGGUGGUGGAGAGAAUGCCGGCUACUACGGUGGGAGAGCUACAGGUCCUCCAGCAGUUGAGACUGGUCCACGCGCGCGUUCGGACAUAACUGACUAUCGUGGUGUUAAUUUAGUGAGCAGUGGUGCAGGUGGAUUACCAAGUGGAUACCAGACUCAGCAGCCACAGCAACAACCAGGACAACAAUCACACUUGUACCAGCAAGAUCCUCAGCAGGCUGAAUACUACGACGAAGACGAAGAGAUGGAGGCUGAGAGAGAUUUAGCCGAAGAUGCACAGUGGAAGCGUAUUCAGCAGAACACUUUCACUCGAUGGGCCAAUGAGCACCUCAAGAUUAUCGACAAGAACAUUGGAAAUUUGGAGACAGAUCUCGGUGAUGGUUUAAGAUUAAUUGCAUUGAUUGAAGUGUUGUCGCAGAAGCGUCUUCCUAAGCACAACAAACGUCCUACAUUUCGAAGUCAGAAGCUCGAGAAUGUCUCGGUGGCACUGAAAUUUCUCGAAGAGGAAGGAAUCAAAAUUGUCAAUAUUGAUUCAACGGAUAUUGUUGAUUGCAAGUUGAAGUUGAUUCUUGGUCUGAUAUGGACACUUAUUCUUCACUAUUCCAUCUCAAUGCCAAUGUGGGAGGGUGAGGAUGACAGUCAGCUCAAUGGCAGUGGUCCAACACCUAAACAACGUCUUAUGGGAUGGAUUCAGAGUAAGAUUCCAGACUUGCCUAUUGGGAACUUCACGACUGAUUGGAAUGAUGGGAAGGCUGUUGGUGCUCUUGUUGAUGCUGUGGCACCGGGAUUGUGUCCAGAUUGGGAGAUGUGGGAUCCCAAAGAUGCUGCCCAGAAUGCAUCAGAGGCCAUGGGACUUGCUGAUGAUUGGCUCAAUGUUCGCCAAUUGAUACGUCCGGAGGAGAUUGUCAAUCCCAAGGUUGAUGAACAAUCCAUGAUGACAUACUUGUCUCAGUAUCCCAAUGCCAAGCUAAAAUCUGGUGCUCCCCUUCGUCCCAAGACAAAUCCCAAUAGCAUUCCACCACCUCGGGUUCGUGCUUAUGGUCCAGGAAUUGAACCAGUCGGACCUGUAGUUGGUGCUCCGGCCAAUUUCACUGUGGAGACCUUCUCAGCUGGCAAGGGUGUGGUGGAUGUGACUGUUGUGGCACCCAAUGGUGCCUCUGAGAAGGCAGACUGUCGGUACAAUAAUGACAAAAAUCUCACAUAUUCAGUGUCUUAUGUGCCUAAAGUGGAGGGACCUCACAAGGUCUAUGUCAAAUAUUCCGGUCGAGAUAUUCCCAAGAGUCCGUAUGAAGUGCGUGUGGAGGGUCAUGCAGGAGAUGCAUCAAAAGUCACAGCUAGUGGUCCUGGUUUGCAGGCUGAUGGAGUUAGUGUCAAUCGGCCGACAUUCUUUGACAUUUUCACCAAGGAUGCCGGACGUGGGGUGCCUGAAGUGAUAAUUCUCGAUCCGGCUGGGCAUAAGACAACAGUUCCGGCCAAAGUCAGGCAAACAUCUCCGGAUGUAUGGAGAUGUGAAUAUAUGUCUAGCCAUGUUGGUCUCCAUUCUGUCAAUAUAUUCUAUGCUGGCAAAGCCAUUAAAAAUAGUCCCUUUGGCGUUCGUGUUGCACCAGUGUCUGAUGCAAGGAAGGUACGUGCCAGUGGACGUGGACUUCAACCGACAGGUGUUAGAGUGGGGGAUGUGGGUGAUUUUAAGAUUUACACUGAAGGUGCAGGUGAAGGUAAUCCCGAGGUGAGGAUUAUUGGUCCGGGUGGGGUCAAUGAAAAUAUCACCAUCAAAAAAGUCAAUCCAACAACCUACGAGGCUGUCUAUCUGCCCAAGAAGGAGGGUCGCUAUGUCGUCAUGGUGACAUUCAAUGGGCAGGAGAUUCCCAAAUCACCCUUCGAAGUAAUGGUGGGUCCACAUAAGGAAUCAACAAUUGUUGCCUAUGGUCCGGGACUCACGGGCGGAAUUGUUGGGUAUCCAGCGGCAUUUGUGGUGGAAACAAAUGGGGAGACUGGAGCACUGGGUUUCAGUGUAGCAGGACCUUCUCAGGCAGAGAUUGACUGCACGGACAAUGGUGAUGGAUCGGCUUUAGUGAAGUACCAUCCGACAGCUCCUGGAGAAUAUGCAGUGCAUAUUCUGUGUGACUCUGAAGAUAUUCCCAAGAGUCCACAUAUUGCUCAAAUUAUCCCACAAUCGGACUUCCAUCCUAACUUUGUGAAAUCCUUCGGACCAGGACUUCAGGCUAAUGGUGUGGUGACUAAUCAACCCACGGAAUUCACAGUAGAUGCACGAAAGGCAGGAUCAGCGCCACUUGAAGUAAAGGCACAAGAUUCCAAUGGUACUCCAGUUCAUGUGGCGGUGCAUGAUAAGCCUGAUGGAACGAAACUAUGCACUUAUACGCCUAAAUCCAAUUUGCCUCACACUGUCGAAGUGAAUUAUGGAUCAGUUGCUACACCAAAUUCUCCAUAUCGCGUGUAUGUGAAUGAUCCUCUGGAUCCCAGUAAGGUGGAAGUGAUGGGACCAUGGUUGGAACCUGGAGUGAAACCCAAUGUUCCCACUCACUUCAAUGUAGAUGCUCGUGCUGCUGGAGAUGGUGAUCUCAAAGUUAAUAUCAUUCACGAUGAAACAAAGAUGGAUGUUCCAGUGAGAAUUCUUGAUAAUGAAGACAAUACCUAUGCAGUUGAAGUUACACCACCCCUCACAGGCUCAUACACCACCAAUUUGACUUAUGGAGGUCUCAAAGUACCCCUGUCACCAAAAGUCUUUGUCAGCAAAGCCGUGGAUGUGUCUAAGAUCAAAGUGGAUGGAUUAGAACCAACUGCUCCGGUCAAUAGCCUUCAGCAGUUUCGAGUGAUUUUGUCUGAGGGUAUUGGGCGAGCUGAUCUCGCUGUUACAAUCACAAGUCCUUCAGGGAGUCGUGUAAAGGCUCAUGUGAUACCAACAGCUGAGGGAUUUCUUGUGAAUUUUACACCAACUCAACUUGGCGAAUAUCUGUUGAGUGUGAGUUUUGGAGGAACACCCAUAACUGCCCAUCCCUUCCAUCUCCAGUGCCUCUCGGGCAGUGACUCGAAGAAGGUGACUGCGAGUGGUCCAGGGCUUGAACGGGGAAUUGUUGGACAACCGGCUGAAUUUAUGAUUGAUACAAGAGGUGCUGGACAGGGUGGAUUGGGUGUUACUGUGGAGGGUCCAUGUGAAGCUGCGAUCAAUUGUCGGGACAAUGGAGAUGGGACGUGCAAUGUGGCAUAUUUGCCAACAGAAAUUGGCGAUUACUCUGUCAAUAUCACGUUCAAUGAUCAACAUAUUCGAGGAUCACCUUUUCAAGCCAUCAUUGUACCCCAGCCAAAUCUCAAUAAGAUAAAGGUGUCGGGAAUUGGGAUUCAACCUCACGGUGUCAUCAUGAAUGCUGGAACGGACUUUACGGUGGACAUGAGCAAAGUUGGCGGUGAUGUUGAUGCCAAGAAACUCGUCUGUUCAGUCUUUGAUCCCCGAGGGAAUGUUUUACCAAGUAAAAUUGUUCAAGGCACCAACAGUGACACCUUCCAGAUUAUGUAUACACCCUUUGAGGCUGGUAGACAUACCAUUGAACUUCUCUAUGAUAAUGUCCCAAUUCCUGGAUCACCAUUUGUGGUGCAUGUUAAGAGUGGAUAUGACCCCAGUAGAUGCCGUGCAUUUGGACCGGGCUUGGAACGUGGUCUGACCAAUAAACCGUGCCAUUUUACUGUUGAAACUCGUGGUGCUGGAACUGGAGGACUCUCAUUGGCCAUUGAGGGUCCAUCAGAGGCCAAAAUGACAUGUGUGGACAAUCGUGAUGGUUCAUGCGAUGUGGAGUAUACACCAACAGAACCUGGAGAGUAUGACAUCACAAUUAGAUUUGCUGACAAACACAUUCCUGGAUCGCCAUUUAAGGUGUUUGUCGAUGAAUCUGUGGAUCCCAGCAAGGUGAAAGUCUACGGUCCGGGAAUUGAGCAUGGAGAAGUGCGCGAAGGGAUUCCAACACAUUUUCUAGUCGAUGUGGGUGAGGCAGGACCCGGAAGGAUUGCUGUGAAACUCAAUGCAUCCGAUGGGAAACCCCUGGAGAAUGUCAAUGUUGAGGAUAAAGGCAAUGGACUCUAUGCUGUUCAUUUUGUUCCACCAAAAGAAGGAACAAAUCUCACUGCCAGUGUUAAUUUUGCCGAUCAACCAGUGCCUUGCAGUCCUUUCGUGGUCACAGUUUUUCCCAAAUUUGAUACAAAGAAUGUCAAAGUUUCUGGGGACACGCUGAAAAAGGAGUUGCCAGCUUCCCUGCCGGCCAAAUUUCAGAUUGAGACCAAGAAGGCAGGUCAGGCUGAUAUUAAUGUGUCCAUAAAGAAUCCUCAGGGGAAAUCAUUGGUGCCGAAGAUGGAGGAGAUUGAGGAUGGAACCUAUGCUGUGACCUUUGUGCCAGAUGAAUGUGGACCGUACAAUGUGAGCAUCAAGUAUGGAGGUAAAGAUGUAAUAGGAUCACCCUUUUUACUACAAGCUCAUCCCACGGGUGAGGCGAAGAAGUGCAAAAUCCCCGAACCCAUUGUGAAAAAGUCAGAACUUGGGGCGAAGAAUCACAUUCCGGUGGAUGCCAGAGAAGCCGGAACAGGUGCAGUCACGUGCAAAAUUAGAUCACAUACGGGAAGCGAUGUGGACAUUGAUAUUCUCGAAAAGGAUGGUUUCUUUGACAUUUUCUAUGUGCUGAGCGAUCCUGGAGAUUAUGAUUUGGAUAUUAAGUUUGGCGGACAAAACAUCCCCAAUGGCACUUUCUCGAUUAAGGCUGUUGAGAGUAUCCAACGAGCCAGCAUCACCUCAACAACUAGCCAUCAUCAGCAAUCUAUUGAGCAAUUACAGACAACAAAAGUUAAAAGUGAACAGACUGAGGAAACAAUUGUUCACGCUGUCAACGGUAAAGCCGACUAUCAGCUCAAUAGCACCACCAAUAAAUUCAGAACUAUCGCCCUCGAUAAACUACCCCUUCCCAGUACAGGUGGAAACGUCGUAGCCGAAGUGAAAAUGCCGUCUGGAAAUGUGGACAAGCCAUCGAUUGAGGACAAUCGCGAUGGAACAGUGUCUAUCAAGUAUGAUCCACGUGAGGAGGGAAUUCAUGAGUUGGCCGUGAAGUACAACGGUGAACAUGUCCAGGGAAGUCCCUUUAAGUUUCACGUAGAUUCCAUCACAUCGGGCUAUGUGACAGCCUACGGACCCGGUUUGGUACAUGGUGUUAGUGGUGAGCCAUGUAAUUUUACGAUUUCGACAAAAGGUGCCGGAGCUGGAGGUUUGUCGCUGGCCGUUGAGGGUCCCAGCAAGGCAGACAUCACGUACCAUGACAAUAAAGAUGGCACAGUGUCUGUGUCAUAUUUGCCCACAGCACCAGGAGAGUAUAAGAUCUCUGUGAGAUUUGGUGACAAGAACAUCAAGGGAUCACCAUUCUUUGCCAAGAUCACGGGUGAGGGGCGCAAGCGCAAUCAAAUUUCUGUGGGAUCGUGCUCAGAAGUUACAUUGCCUGGCACCAUCACUGAUGCCGAUCUGCGUGCUCUCAAUGCGUCAAUUCAGGCGCCAAGUGGCCUCGAGGAACCCUGUUUCCUCAAACGUCUACCCACGGGAAAUAUCGGAAUCUCUUUCACGCCACGUGAAACUGGCGAACAUACGGUGUCAGUCAAGAGAAUGGGAAAGCAUAUCACCAACAGUCCCUUUAAGGUGAACGUGUGCGAACGUGAAGUUGGUGAUGCCAAAAAGGUGGUGGUGACUGGAAAAGGAUUGACAGAGGGACGUACCCAUGUGGAAAAUAAUUUCUCUGUAGACACACGCAAUGCCGGCUUUGGUGGUCUGUCCCUGUCCAUUGAAGGACCUAGCAAGGCAGAGAUCCAGUGCAAUGAUAAGGAUGAUGGUACACUCAAUAUCAGCUACAAACCCACGGAACCCGGCUACUAUAUCGUCAAUCUCAAAUUUGCCGAUCACCAUGUUACAGGAUCACCCUUCACGGUCAAGGUAACUGGUGAAGGUAGUAAUCGACAGCGCGAGAAGAUUCAGCGUCAGAGAGAUGCUGUGCCCAUCACGGAAGUUGGAAGUCAAUGCAAGUUGACUUUCAAAAUGCCUGGCAUUACAUCCUUCGAUCUGGCAUCUACUGUUACGUCUCCUGGCAACGUGACGGAAGAUGCCAUGAUUCAGGAAGUUGAGGAUGGUCUCUAUUCGGUGCACUUUGUGCCCAAAGAGUUGGGUGUCCAUACGGUGUCUGUGCGAUACAAGGAUAUGCACAUCCCCGGGUCACCUUUCCAAUUCACCGUGGGUCCAUUGCGAGACUCUGGAGCACACUUGGUGAAGGCCGGUGGUGCUGGCCUGGAGCAUGGUGAAGUGGGACUUCCGGCUGAAUUCAAUGUUUGGACACGAGAGGGUGGUGGUGGAGCCUUAGCAAUUUCCGUGGAAGGGCCCAGUAAGGCCGAAAUUGAAUUCAAGGAUCGCAAAGAUGGUUCGUGCGACGUGUCUUACGUUGUGAGUGAGCCAGGUGAGUAUCGUGUGGGACUUAAGUUCAACGAUCGUCAUAUCCCUGACUCACCCUACAAGGUGUACAUUUCACCGGCCAUGGGAGAGGCGCAUAAGCUCGAAGUGGCUCAGUUCCCACAGGGUGCCGUACAGGCAGAUACUCCGGCUCAGUUUAUUGUGAGGAAGAAUGGGGCUAAAGGAGAACUGGACGCCAAAGUUAUUGCUCCGUCCAAUCAGUCUGACGACUGCUUUAUUCAGCUUAUCGAUCAGGAUACCUAUUCUGUACGAUUCUAUCCACGUGAGAAUGGUAUUCAUGCCAUUCACUGUAAAUUCAAUGGUGUCCAUAUCCCGGGAUCUCCCUUCCGUAUCAAAGUGGGCAAAGAUGUGGCUGAUCCGGCAGCUGUGCAUGCGUCCGGAAAUGGUCUGCAUGAUGUGAAAACGGGCCAGAAGACGGAUCUCAUUAUUGACACAUGCAAUGCUGGUGCUGGAACACUUGCAGUGACCAUCGAUGGACCCUCCAAGGUGUCCAUGGACUGCACUGAAGUCGAUGAAGGCUACAAAGUGCGUUAUACCCCUCUCCUUCCUGGUGACUACUACAUGUCCAUCAAAUACAACAAUAUGCACAUUGUAGGAUCUCCUUUCAAGAUUACCUGCACAGGAGAUCAAUUGGCUGAGGAAGGUGCUCAAGAGACGUCAUCUGUAAUUGUGGAGACAGUGCCAAAAGUGUCCAAGGGUGGUAAGGCAGUGGGUCCAGUGUUGCCCAUCUUCCGUUCAGAUGCUUCCAAGGUGCAAUCCAAGGGUAUGGGACUCAAGAAAGCUUACCUGGGCAAGCAGAAUCAAUUUACGAUCAAUGCAACUGAUGCUGGCAACAACAUCUUAUUUGUGGGCAUCUAUGGGCCCAAAGGUCCCUGUGAGGAGGUCUAUAUCAAACAUACGGGAAGGAAUACCUACACAGUGAACUAUGUGGUGCGUGAACGUGGGGAUUAUAUUGCCAUUAUUAAAUGGGGCGAUGAUCAUAUCCCUGGAUCACCAUACAAGGUUGAAGUGUAAAUUGGACAAGGAGGAACCAAGAGAGAGACACCCUUUGCACACAUAAGAGAGACAUUAAUCAUUGAAUAUUCGUUCCCUUUGACUCCCCAAAAAUUCCCUCCCUUUUCUUUCAAAGUCUUUGCUCUUUGUUGGCAGACGGAAAAGACUUGGAGAAAAAAAAUUGAAAAAUUGCUCAAUUUUUUCCCCGGAAUUUGCAUAUCAAGCCAUUUAUAUUUUUUUUGGAAAAGGAAUUCACAAUCUUUUCGGUAUUUUUCUGAGUCUUUUUCGUUUCAAUGAAGAGAGAACAAUUGCAAUUCAAGAAAAAAAUUAAUGAUGAUAGUGUUUAAGUGACAUGAGAAAAAAAGUACAUUUAGGUGCCCAACUUCCUUUACAUUUAAGUUUGUAAUUUACAGCAAGUUUAUUGUAUUAUUGUAACUUUCUAGGAGGAGAAUAAAUUUAUUAAAAGUUUAUUGAA